CGUCGUGGAGGUUAAACUUCCCAUCCUCUUCUUCCAAACCAAUCAUCAACACCGACUACCCUUUUCCCGUCUCCCGUCGACAACAGUAACAGUAACAUUUUCCGGCGACGAGUUAAGAAACCGGCUCAAAGAAUUACUGUUUUACCAUUUUUACCCUUACAUACAGUUAAAUUCUCGUUUAGCUGAUUUGCCAAAGUUUUGUAACAUCUAGGUCCUCAAUUGUGUCGAUUUACUAUUCACAAAAUACCCGACCCGACUUAUUAGGACUUGCAACCUAACAGUAAACGGAUCACCAUUGCAAAACAAAAUACAGAGCUCAAAGCAUCGGAUUUUUCUUUUUCCAAAUGAGUGCUGGUGGUGCAUUUGGUGGAAAUAGAGGACUGAGACCUGCACCUCCAGAAAAAGGAGUCUUUCCUUUGGAUCAUAUGCAUGAAUGUGACUUGGAUAAGAAAGAUUACCUGAAUUGUCUCAAAACUUCUGGUCAUCUAUCUGAAAAAUGUCGACUUUUCUCCAAAAAGUACCUGGAAUGUCGCAUGGAAAAAAACUUGAUGGCAAGGCAAGACAUGUCAGAACUUGGAUUCCGAAAGGAACAGGAUUUGAGAGCUUUAGAAGAGAAGAACAAUGAGAGAGCUUUAGAAGAGAAGAACAAUGAGAGAAUAAAUUACUGAACAGUGAGAACUUUCAUAUUCUUUUGACAGGAUAUACCACCAAAUUUGUUUGUGCAUUGUAAGUUUGUAACCUCUGGAUUUAUCUUUAAAUGCCAAAUAUUUCUUGAA